CCAUCAUUAUCGUCUUUGACUUGACUGACGUGGCAUCGCUGGACCACACGAGGCAGUGGCUGGCCGAUGCCCUGAAGGAGAAUGACCCGUCCAGCGUCCUCCUUUUCCUGGUGGGCACCAAGAAGGACCUCAGCACACCUGCGCAGUACAAGCUGAUAGAGCAGGACGCCCGGAAGGUGGCCAAGGAGAUGCAGGCCGAGUACUGGGCCGUCUCCUCUCUCACAGGUAAGCAGCACCUGGAUCACCCAUCCGUGUCUGCAGAGCCUGGGGGCCCUUGGUCUCUGUGGAAGGGCUGGCAGGUCACCUUUGUUGUUAUCUACCUAUCUAUCUAUCUAUCUAUCUAUCUAU